AGUCCAGCGCAGCAGUUUUUUGUUAUAAUAGUACUCAAAUUUCUGGCGCAUUAAACUUGAUUCCAGUUAUUCUCGGAGACUUGCAGACUUGAGUGAGAUCUUGUUUUAGUUUCCAGCCAUGUGCUGCAAACUCAUCAGAAAAUCCCAAUUCUAAGACGUGAGAGUGCCUAGGAGAAUAAAAUUAUAUUCUGAUUUAGUGACUGUGCAUCCUGGUAUCAAUAACUAACAAAUUAGUUUUUGUAGAAUAACUUCCAAUUGUAAACUACAAGUUCAUUUAUGUGAUAAAUGUGCUAUCUUGUUAUUAUACUUUGAUUUUGUUUGUUUAUAACAGGGAUGUCCGAAUCCAUUUUUCAAAUUAAUUAUAUUCAGUUCUCCAAAAAUUAUCGUUUGGGUAUUGGAAGUCCUCAAACUUUUGAUGUUUAAAUACUCUUUAUCCUUACUAUUGCGUACUUCCAAAUUUUCUCCUAAUGUGUUCUUCGUUGAACGUGACACAAUUAUGUAUACAUUUAAUAUUUGAAAAGAUAUUUUAAUGUGUAUUUGAAAAGUGAAUUUUUCUGACCAUCCUUGUUAUGUUCGAUCAAACUAUAUUAUAUUGGUAGUAUGUAUGUUGCAAACCUUCCCACCUUUCUCAUUUCGUCACACUGCCCUGAAGUAAUUAUUCCACCUACUGCCUUUUUAUCAAUACCAGUAAAUAAUGUUGAUCGAUAUACAAUUUACUUAAAAAGUUUUUUUCUCACCUUUUUUAGAUUAUUUCAUAAAGAUUGAAUGGAAGGUAAGAUAUACUUCAGAUCUCGUUCUGGUAUUCAAUCUUUGAAACAUGUAGUAUAUACCUCUGAUGAAAUCGGAGUUAAAUAUCAUCAACAACUCUUAGGAACAAGACAUCUUGCUAUCAAGAAGAAUGCUAAGCUCCAAAGAGAAAAUCAAAGAAAUAAUAAAGAUUGUCAAAGCGAUGUACAAACUUUAUAUGAAAUUUGCAUGGCAUUGGUUGUCAAUAAUUUAGACCAUGUAGAUUCUUUCUAUGGUUUGCCUUCAUUGAUUGGUGAACAGAUAUUUGAUGAAGCUUUGGAGAGUGAUCGAUUUACCAACAAAGAAUUUGAUGUUACCAAACUUAGAUUGAGUAUUUUCAUGGACGCAUAUGGUAAUGAGAUGUUUCAAAGACUGAAUUUAAGUCGACAGCCGAUGUUUUUGGCACAACAUAUUGAUGAAAUUUCGCUAUUUUUACCUUAUCUUCACUCUGUGAGACUGUCAAACUGUGGCAUCGGCAAUACACAUGAAAUUUUGUUUGAGUUGGGUAAAUUACCACAGCUAGAGUGUCUGUGUCUUGACAGAAAUGUAAUUGGUGAUAUUGGUAUCAAUAAUUUACUUCAAUUACGCAGAAGAAAUCAACAAGGUCUCAAUAAUCUACAAUAUUUAAACUUAUCUGAUAAUAAGAGAAUUAGUGCUUCAUCUUUGUUUAAUUUGGGUCUUUUACCAUCUUUGGAAGCACUAUUAAUAUCAUCGAGUGUUAAAACUGUUAAAACCAGCAAGUUUGGAAAGUUUUCAAUGCGAUGCAAAAAUGGUGCAAAUCAUAUCAAAGGCCUCAAUUUAAACAAAUUUGGCAAUAAGAAUAUUGGAAGGAUGGGAUGUAAAUUAUUUGAAAAAAUGGCUUUCAAAUUUUGAUAUUGCUGAGAAAGAAAGACUUGUAAAGAUGAAAGAAAAUGAAAGAAAAUUUUAGUGGUUUUUACCAAAGCUAUAAAAAACGAAUAAUGUUCUUUACAACAUUCUGUUCAAACUACGUCAGUUAUGAAUGACAGGGAACCUUCAAUUCUACUUUGUUUGUGUGAAUAUAGAUCUUCCCCGAGACCAUUAAUAAUUACCAAAAAGAGAAAAUUUGUUAUUGAAGAUAUUCCUGGUAUAAAUUUA